CAUGCCUGCUUUUGCAACACUUUCUUCUGGAUUGACACCCUUCGGGAACAGGGUUACCUAAACUUUCUCCGGCUCCAUCUUUGACAUUGAGAGAGAAGUUGCCACUAGAUAGGGUUUACGAGAAGAAUUUGUGAAAAGUUUCGAUUAGACGGAAGAGCAGAGUUCUCAAUAAUGAGUGACUUGAAUAGUGUUACGGAAAAGUCAAAGCCGGGUGCUCCUGCUGAGCCGUCGAAUGUGGUGACACCAGAGAGACUUGUGCGUCGGAUCCAGUUCGAGCACAACUACCAUUUUGUGCCGCCCCUGAUCAGGCGGGACGGUAAGGAGGACCUAUUGCAUCCAAGGAGGACUCUCCGCCAGCUGGUCUGUGCCAUGCAGAUGAAAAUUAGUCCGGACCAGCCGGAGAUACUGCCUGAGGUGGAGAUCAAGCGACAUAUUAGGUUCGCCGACUUGAUUACCCGGCGAUUGCGCCGCUUCUUGGACAGCACUCGAAGGUUCCUCGACUUCAAUCCCAUGACGCGCCUGCAGGAGGCCAUAGUGGAGCAGCUAGCCAGGGAGAUGCUCUGCUUGCCGAGGUACUACUCGGGGCAGCAGACGGUGUCUAGCAAUCGGUACCUAGUCCUGUAUCGCCCCGGUGUCCAGCCCAAUCCCUACGAGAUUAGGGCUCGUGAGGGUAUUAACAAUAUCAAACUAGAAGUUUCUUUUGUGGAUGAGAAGGACAAGGAGAACGAUAUGGAUCUGGAGAAGAAGCUGGUGAUGGAGCUGGAGAAGGAACCACAGAAAAAACCAAAGAAGGAGCCAGAUAUGGAGCCAGAAAGGGAGAAGAAGCCAGAGCUUUUUAACCUGGGCAGCAUGUGCGUCCGAAAUUGGCGCCCACCCACUCGUACCCAACAACUUCAGUUGACAGGACAAUCGGCCCAAGAUGCCUGGCUAUUGGGCAGGAAAAUUCUGGCAGAAUUCAAUGGCCGGUGGAAGCAUCUAUAAAAGAAGAAGGAGGACUAUAGCCAUAAAUAUUAAAAGAAUACUUAAAAAAGUUUUUUAAUAAAAAAUCCUUUAUUUUAUU